AGGCCGUCGGAGCCGUCGGCGGGGGCCAUGUGGCGGUCGCCCGGCUCGCUGCCGCCCCAGCCGGCGGCGGGGGAGGCGGCGGCGGCGCUGCGGCGCCUGGCGGCCUUCUUGGGUCGCGCCCUGCCGCUGUGCCGGGCCCACGCCACGCAGUUGUACGCCCGGGGGCUCUGGCAGCGCCUGGUGGCGGCGCCGCCCGACGCCGUGCUGCAGGCGCUGCGGCGCCCCCUGCGGGAGCCCUCCGGCGCCGCCGGGGGGGAGUGGGAUGACGACACAUUUUCCAACGUGUUCUGUGAAAACUCUAAGAAACUUAUCAAUGUACACUUGUUUGCCCUGGCCGCCGAGUAUUAUUCUUUGUCCCAUCUUGGAGUGUGUACCCCAUUAGAAGAACUACUUAAAGCACUGGGAGGAGACAACCAAGGAUCAACUGGUAUCAAAACUGAUGAGUUUAUGAAUAAUAAGAAAUCACAUGAAGUGCAAGUGAUGUCUGAGCUUGUGGACAAAAUAGCAAAUUACUGUGGUAUAAAACAGGUGAUUGAUGUAGGUUCUGGGAAGGGCUACCUGAGUUCAUUUUUGUCCAUGCAGUAUAACUUAAAAGUUUAUGGAAUUGAUUCCUCGAACACCAACACCAAUGGUGCUCAUGAAAGGAACAGGAAAUUGAAGAAACACUGGAGAGCUUAUCAGAGUCGAGCAAGAGCAAAUCCCGAAAGCCGGAGAUCAGAAAAGGCAAAUGACAGUCCAGUGCAAAAUGAAAUUAAAUGUAAAGCAGUCAAUGAAAGGACCUUAAAUAACAGCUGUCUUCAAAGUCAAGACCAAAGGACUACCCAAGACUUAGUUGGUUCUUGUGUUUUCACAGAAAUAGCUACAUCUGAGACCAGCAAACAAACAGAAAUUGAUUUGGUGGCUCAGGCACAAUGCAAUGAAAGCGAACUUUCUGAAGAGGCUCUUGCUUUUCUCGAUGUUCUGCCUGCUGAUGCUGUAGAAAUUUCUUCCUCCCGGUGUAACAGUGGGGAGCUCCGUGAAGAGGAAAAGGCCCAAAGAAAAAUGGCAUCUAUCAAAGCCAAAGCAAGCAAGUCAAGUGAAUCAAACCUUUAUUUUCCAUUGACUUCCUACAUCACUGCAGAAACAGAACUCCGUGACAUCAUAGCAGAUUUGGAGAACUGUAUAAUGGUGGGUCUGCAUACAUGUGGUGAUCUUGCUGCAAAUACACUACGAAUAUUUACUGCCAAGCCUGAAAUCAAAGCAGUUUGCAGUGUAGGCUGCUGCUACCAUCUGUUGUCAGAACAGUAUGAAAACCAAGAAGACUGCACAGAGGAAGUGUGGGGAUUUCCCAUGUGUCAGUACUUGAAGGACAAGGGCUGGUGUUGUGGUCGCAAUGCUAGAAUGUCAGCAUGCUUGGCUUUGGAGCGAAUUGCAGUUGGCCAAAUGCUGCCUACAGAUUCAUUGUUUUAUCGAGCUGUUCUUCAGGUUAUUAUAGAAGAAAUUUAUGGUGUCACCAAAAGUGAACGACAUGUUGGGAAAAUUUUCUCCAAAUCAUCCUCUUUCUUGGAUUAUGUCAGAAAGUCUCUGAAAAAACUGGAACUGGAUGAUUCAAAGCUCCCAGACAGCUGUAUAAUGGAUUACUAUGAAAAAUACAAGCACAGAAUGAAUGAGCUUGAAGCAUUUAAUAUGUUAAAGGUUGUGCUGGCUCCCUGCAUAGAAGUUUUGAUACUUCUGGAUCGUCUUUGCUACCUCAAGGAGCAGGACAACAUUGCCUGGUCAGGACUUGUGAAGUUAUUUGAUCCCGUGAAAUCCCCCAGAUGCUAUGCAGUUAUUGCUCUGAAGAAAUAGUCAUGUUUUUAAGUGGAAGCAAAUUGCAGAUAGGUUGAAAGCCCUGAACUGAUACUGCUAUUUUUUCAAUGUUAUUUUUAAUUGAUUCCUCAAGUAUACUGAAGUGUUUGCCAACUAUUUACUUUUCAGCUACAAAAAUAAAAAAUGCAAUGCCUCUGUGAAUCAUGAGAAAUAAAUAGUGAGCUGUACCUCCUUUAUAAAUACCGUUUCCUCAUGUCAGUUAUUAAAUAAUGUUGAUCAUUUGGCUUUAUUAUAAAUAUGAGCUAUAUUAUGUGAUGAGGAUUUUAAAAUAAUGUCAAUAUUUCUUCCUUUUAAGGCAUUAUCUGUUGACACCUGUCCUCUUGAUAUUUUAAAUCGCAAGUUAAUUCUUCCAUAAAACUUCUCAUUUUUUCCAAUGGCUGGCAUCAGUAGUCUCAGACUAGCCUUGUUUUUUUCUUUUCUGGAUUUCUUAGUUUAAACAGAAAAUUAACCUGUACUGUAGACAAGAGGUGUGCAGACUUUCUACUUCUCUGUUCUUCAUGUCAUCAGAAGCAGCUUGUUACAGAGCAACCCUGAAGAGACUAGAACCUUCUGAGACUAGAUAAAAAAUACCUGCAGAUUGGUUUUAUAUUAACCCCUUCUUUCUUCAGGCAUGUUCCUAGUCUGACAGGCAAGAAACUGUGUGUGCUCUAGUCCAGUGGAUGCCAGUGUUUAAGAAUCAGUUCCUGUGCUGGGGUUCACUCUCUGAUCCUUGGGCCUUAUCAGAAAGAUAUUAUCUGGGCCAAAUAUGUUGGGUAUAAAUAUAAAUCUUUGGUACCCAAGUGAGUGGAAACUUGCUAGACAGUUUGUGCCUGGUUGUACUGACUUCAUGAGUGGGAAACUUACUUCUUUAUGCAUCUAUCUCAAUGGGUUGUCUCAAUAAACUUGCAGAUGUUCAAUCAAUUAAAAAAGAGAAAAGUUUCUAUUGUAAGUUCUAGUGCUUUUAUUAGAAUUUUCCACUGAAUAUAAAACAUAAUUAACUACCAGUGCACAGAAAAAAAAGGACAACAAAUAGAUAAUAAAAUACAGAUUAAAGAAGAAAAGGAAGAAUGCAACUGGUGGGCAGAAGAUGAGAGUAACAGAAAAUAUUGUAUAUGAAUUGUAUAGUAAAAGUAAUAGACGUAAGAAUCAAACUGAGAUCCAGAUCUGAGUAGGAAUAAAUCUUUUUCAGACUGCAAAAUAUAAUGAGAGCUUGUGAACAUUCAAGAAAAGAGAAGUAAGAUAUUUUUCUAACAAGCCACAUCUCUCUUGAUGUAUUCACUUGGAAGAAAUAUUUUUUUUUAGUAGUGUAAGUUCACUGCUUUCUAUUUUAGGACUCUCAGUCCUUGUUAGCUCCAUGGAUCCAGUAUGAGCUUCUCACAUUUAUUUAGUCCCAGUAGGUUCAAUCCUUAGAGCUGUUGAACACCUGCAAUACCCAAGGAAAUUAACAGAAGUUGCAGGUGCUCACAGCAUCUCUGGAGUACAGCUAAGAAAAGAAAAUGGGCCCUUCCAUAUAUGAGAUUUUUGUUAUAUAGGGAGUACUGAGGAAACUAACAAGCUGGUAGAUUCUUUACCCAGGAGAGGCAUGAAAAUAAAAAUAUUUUCUUAAUCUGUAAGCAUCUGGAAGGAAAAAUUGAAUAGUAUACAGUAUAAGAAAGCAAUCUAAAGUAAAUAAUGAUAAAAAAAUAAAAGAUAAAAAUGUAAGAAAGGUUUUAUCAUGUUAUGUUUUGGUAAAGCAUGAUGACUAAUUUGUGAAGCGUUAAUAAUUAGUGAAUUGUUAGUCUUGUCAUUCCAACCUUGUGUGCUGUUGGAAAAAAUUACUUGGGGCUCAAAUUGCUUUUUUUGUGUUAUGAAUUGAUUCGUCUGCUUUUUUCAGGCCAAACAGUAAAAACUAGACAUAUAUUAUAUCCAAACAAUGGUAGCACAGUUAUUCACUGCAAGCAAGUGCUUAAAUGUACCACGUCAUAGCAAAAACGAGUCAUUUCAGCAAGCUCUGCCUGGUUUAAUUUGAACACAGACCAAAUUACAUAGGAUAUACUGACUAUUGCUAAUUUUGUGUGAUAUUUUGAUACAUAUAAUGCUAUCUAAAUCCAGAGUUAAAUUCUUAUUACUAUUUUAAGAGGACAUUUGGAACAGUUUAGAAUAGCAAUCACAUCUCUAGGAUUAGCCCAAAUGCUUUUCCAUGGAUUCAAAAAGGUCUGAAAAAAUGUGCAUGUCCCCCCAGCAACUUCUCAGGCUUUUUCAUUACUUUUCACACACUUUGCAGUCUAUAUAGGCAAAGACAGAGGCAAUGUGCUUCUUAGAAUAAUAACUAUCAAGACAUUUAUAUGAAGAGUUUGCAUGCAGCCAAAUCAGUUGCUGUCUGCUCUCAAAGCUGUUUCAAGGCUUGAGAUGCCUGAAUACCUAUGAGGUGCUGUUUACAUAAUGGAAAAAUCCCCAGCAGUAAUAAAAUUGAAUAAAACAA